GUAUGGUUCACUAGCGUACAAAGCUAACUCAUUUCGUAUGCUACUGGAAGACAUGGGGGCUGUGUUUCACAGCCAUUACUGACAGCGCUACUGCUGAGAGUCCACAUAUCGUUAGAAAUAAAACAGAGAGCCCUUUUCGUAUUAAGCUGCCAGGUAAAACCUGAACAUGGAAUCCAUGCUGAACAAGCUAAAAAGCACCGUCACUAAGGUGACGGCAGAUGUCACCAGCGCUGUCAUGGGCAACCCGGUGACACGGGAGUUUGAGGUUGGACGACAUAUUGCCAGUGGUGGUCCUGGCAUGUGCUGGAGGAUCUACAAUGGCACAAAAAAAUCCACCAAACAGGAAGUAGCCGUGUUUGUGUUUGAUAAGAAGAUGGUUGACAAGUAUCAGAAAUUUGAGAAGGACCAAAUCAUUGAUUCACUGAAAAGAGGGGUGCAGCAGCUGACCAGACUGCGUCACCCCCGUCUCCUGACUGUGCAGCAUCCUCUGGAAGAGUCACGAGACUGUCUGGCGUUCUGCACAGAGCCAGUGUUUGCAAGUCUGUCCAAUGUGCUGGGCCAGUGGGACAACCUGCCCAGCCCCGUGCCCAAUGACAUCAAGGAGUACAAACUCUAUGAUGUGGAGACCAAGUAUGGGCUGCUACAGAUCUCGGAGGGUUUGUCUUUCCUCCACAGUGGGGUGAAAAUGGUCCAUGGCAAUCUGUGUCCAGAGAACAUCAUCCUCAACAAGAGUGGAGCAUGGAAGAUCAUGGGCUUUGACUUCAGCAUCUCCUCCACAAACCCCUCAGAUGCUGAGCCCAAGUACACAUGUAAAGAGUGGGAGCCCAACCUCCCCCCGCUCUGCCUCCCUAACCCUGAAUACCUGGCCCCUGAGUAUAUCCUGUCUGUCAGCUGUGACUCCGCCUCCGACAUGUACUCGCUGGGCGUGGUCAUGCAUGCCAUCUUCAAUGAGGGCAAGCCUGUUUUCCAAGUCAAUAAGCAUGACAUUUUUAAGAGCUUCAGCAGGCAGCUGGACCAGCUGAGCAGCAUGAGUCCAGCAGUGCUGAACAAGAUCCCUGAGGAGGUGCGGGAGCAUGUCAAAAUGCUGCUCAGUGUCACACCCACUGUCCGGCCUGAUGCAGACCAGAUGACCAAGAUACCAUUUUUUGACGACGUGGGUGCCGUUACUCUUCAGUACUUUGACUCCCUCUUCCAAAGGGACAACCUACAGAAGUCUCAGUUCUACAAAGGCCUCCCUAAAGUCCUGCCUAAACUACCCAAGAGAGUGGUGGUGUAUCGAAUCUUGCCGGCGUUGACCUCUGAGUUUGUCAACCCGGACAUGGUUCCCUUCGUUCUGCCCAACGUGCUGCUGAUUGCCGAGGAGUGCACCAAGGAGGAGUACAUUCGUCUCAUCUUGCCUGACCUCACACCUGUUUUCAAGCAGCAAGAGCCUAUUCAGAUCCUGCUGAUCUUCCUGCAAAAGAUGGACCUCCUGCUGACCAAAACACCGCCAGAGGACAUUAAGAACAGCGUGUUGCCUAUGGUCUACAGAGCUCUGGAGGCACCCUCUGUACAGAUCCAGGAGCUGUGCCUGAAUAUCAUCCCGACGUUUGCCAACCUGAUUGACUACCCAUCCAUGAAGAACUCCCUCAUCCCUCGAAUCAAAUCAGCCUGCCUACAGACCUCCUCACUAGCUGUACGAGUGAACUCUCUGGUAUGUCUGGGGAAGAUUUUGGAAUAUCUUGACAAGUGGUUUGUCAUCGACGAGAUCCUGCCCUUCCUACAACAGAUCCCCUCUAGAGAACCAGCAGUACUCAUGGGCAUUCUAGGAAUCUACAAAUGCACCUUCAGCCACAAGAAGCUGGGAAUUCCCAAAGAGCACCUUGCCACCAAGAGCCUGCCCCACCUCGUCUCUCUUAGUAUAGACAACAACCUCAACCUGAAUCAGUUUAACUCAUUCAUGGUGGUUAUACGGGAUAUGCUGAGUCGCAUGGAGGCUGAACACAAGACCAAGUUGGAGCAGCUGCAUGUCAUGCAGGAGCAGCAGAGGAGUAUGAACAUUUCAAACCCAGGGAACCAAUCAGAGGAGACCAAGAGCUCACCAAACCCUGGCAACCAGAUUGAUGAUAUCUUUGGCAGCACUGGGGUUAAUGGGAAAGAGAAUGGAUCUGCAGCAGCAGCCCCACAGCCUAAUAGAAUGUCUCUGACUCUAGAGGAGAAACAGCGAUUGGCUAAGGAGCAGGAGCAAGCAGCCAAACUGAGGAACCAGCAGCCGUUAGCACCACAGACUAUUAAACCAGCCACUACCAGCAACUCACAGACAAAGGAUCUGACCAGCAGCCUUCUCAACAACAUGACAUCGCUAAACAGCCUGUCCUUGGCCAACACAGCACGACCAGCCACAGUGCAGGGCUCCACCAUCUCUGCCUACCCCUCUGCCAGCCCCAUGGUUGGCUCCAUGGGCGCCUCAGUCUCUAAUGGCUUCAAUGCACCUAUGGGCUUCCAGACAGGAGGCAUGGGGAUGGGCAUGCGGCCCACAGGCCCUGGCCUCUAUGGUGGCAUGGCCACCACCACCAGCACCCCAAACUUUGGAGCGCUCACACAGAAUCAAGCACCCAUGGGGCAGACAAAUAAAGCCCCUGACAUGUCAGCCUUGGACAGUCUUUUUACACCCAGCAAACCCAAAGUCACCCUCAACCAAAUGGGUCCCACACCUGGAACCAGCACCCCUUGGCUCAAUCAGUUCAGUGCAGCCCAGAACACUCAGACUCAGAUGCAGGGUGUGCCAGUAGGUAUGGGAGGGGUCCCCAGUGGGUUCGGGAUGCAAGCAAACCCUUUUUUUAGCCCGCAGAACUUUUCUCAACCUACUGCUGCCCCUAGCAUGAACCAAAGUGGAAUUAAACAUAGUGCAUCUGUCAACAAUGAUCUGAAAGACUUAUUUGGCUAAAUGUACGUGAAAAUAUGCCAGGUUUAGUAUAUUCUUUUCAUAGCUUUGGAGAGAAGAGCCUUGAAUUCUCACAAAAGAAGACACUGAUUGAAUGUGAAGAUUUGAAAUCCUUUCAAGGAUGUUACGGUCUGUAUUUUUAAUCCGACCUGGUUUAAAUUCUGAAUCAAUUCACGUUCAGCUGGCAAAAUUAACCUGCACCUGAAUUCCAUUUCUACUUGACCAGAAGGACAAAAAGGUUGGGGUGGGAACUACUUCUUCUAUGCUGUGUUCUUUAAAUGCUGGGGGUUUCCUACUGUUUUGUACUUGACAUUCUUGGGAGUCCAGACGUCGUGGGUUGAGAUGAAUCCCAACUCAGUUUAUUCAGGAAGGUUUUGUGUUCAUAUCAUGAAUGAUUGAGUGGAUUGAGUGGAUUUCACUUCCUGAACAAGUUGCAUCAGAAUCACACUUCAGAAUUGGCAGAGAAAGAUGGGGAAAAAGUGGCUUCCAUGCCACACAUCUGCUCAGUUUCAGGCUUCUGUAUCUUUAUCGUUUCUUCAGACUAUUUUAGGAUUUGCUGCAUGUCUAAAGUGAUCAGAAGGCUGGCUUAAAAAACAAAUACUGCAUACACCAAAAUGUCUUAGACCAGUGGGAGGUAGCUUGAAGUGUAGCACUGACAGGCCUGCAGUCACUGAUCUGCAUCCAGGAGGCUCCUCUGUGGAUACAGUCUGAAAGGGGGUGUAGAAAACUGACAGCCCAGCAGUUGCGGUUUAGAUGGGGCAAACAGAGUAACCCCUCUGCAGUCUGUCUCCAUGGUAACUGCUCUUCUGCAGCACUUCCAUUUUUAAGAACACAAAUUGGACUUAUGAUCCAGUCUGGCCUUUACUGUUUCCCUUCUUUUAUUUCUUUAAUUAAGUGGUUCUAUCAACAUUUAGGCAAACCGUUGUAAAGGGAAGGGUUACUUUUGUCUGGUCAGAGUUUCUAGAUUAUCAGUUUCUGUAAAUGCAGUAUGAAUGACCUAUGUGUCUGAUAGUGGGUUAGGAUGUUUGGAGUAGCUAUUACAGCAGUGUCCUUUGAACAAGAUGCUAAUGCUAAAAGCAAUGAACAAGGACCAUAUGCACCGCUUAGGCUAUCGUGCCUUACAUGGGUACAUGCGUAAAACUAGACAGACAGCGUUCAUCUGUUACUCAAGUAUUAAUAUUUUCCCCCCUUAAUCAGCUGUCUGCCAUUUGCUUCUCAAAUUACUUGCUUUGUUGCAUGUUACUGAACUUGACCACUUUUCUGAUAAUGAUUCCUAAUGAUCCCAGUGACCAAUGACAAUUUACUUCACACAUCCAGCCGUUUUCGCUCUGAUGAGGUUUGUAAAGAGCUCGAGAUCCUCCAGUGUACCAUUUCUGUUGAUCAAUUUGUACAGUGAAGAAAAUAUCACCAUAUAUUUUGAUUUCAGCACUUUUCAGCUGUCAGAGGACCUGUGCUGGCGACAUAUAAUGAAGUGUAAAUAUAUAGUUAUUUAAAAAGCGAUCGCUCUGUGAGGGCCUUGGCAUUUUUAUGUUCUUGUGAUAAUGGUUAAGAGGCCUUAGAUGAGUCGUGUGCAAUAAUCCUCAUCGGUUGUUGAGGGUGCACAUCGAUUGGCUCAAGCAGCUGUCGAUGUGUCCUUACCUUCAUCUCCACUGACCUACAAUAACUCCAUAGGUCUGUCUGAUUUUCUAAACUGCUAAACAUUGAUGUGAACUCAUUCUAAAUCUUACAUUUCUGAAGCAAAUUUCACCAUUUUAGGGUUUUUAGAUGCACCUUGGUCACACUGUGUUUCUGCUGACAGUGAUUGUUGUUAACAUGCUGAAGUGUAACAUCUUUUUAUUGGAUUAAUUUUUGGUUUUUUUUGGUGUGUAAUAAUGCCACCUAUACGAGGUGAGCUCUCCCUCCAGCCGCAUGGCAGUGUUACGCGCUUGUGAAUUUGGCUCAUCAGGUUCUGUUAAUUUCCCCAUUUUUUGUCAUUCAGGACUACAAACGUGUCUGUGAUCAGAUCUUUUUCCAUCUGUAGAUCGACAUGUACUGUGUGACACUGUUUUGAUUUCAUCACAAAAUGGAUGUGAUCUUCUGAGCGUGUGUCACAUAUCCUGGCAGAACCCCAAAGCAGAAAACUAAAGCUUAUUCUUCUACGAGAUUGUUUGUAUACUACUGCUGUCAUAUAUGUGUAGUGUGGCCUGUGUUUUAUGUGUUAAGGUGCUGGUCUCUGAGGUGGUUCAGUGAAAAUCUGUACAUAUAAAGGAAAGUACACAAUCUAA